GUGAAGCUGGUGGAGUGGGUGAGAAGGGGAGGAUCUUGAGAGACAGGAUGAGUAGGAAGAUCUGUAAGCUGUCAGAUUCAGUUUUUCUCUACAGAAGCUUUAACACUUUGCAUCAUUACACCUGGGAAACCAAGGGACAGCCCACUAAAUCAGGUUGGCUAUGAUGAUGGAUUUUUUUCGGGAUGAUGAGAAACCUCUAAGUGUCCUUGUCUCUGGUCCCCUACAGGCAAUUUAACAAGCACAGAAGUAGAUCUUCUUCAGGAAACUGUGACAGACAGGAGGGUGACGACAAAAUAGCUAGAGAGAAAGAGAGAGUAAAAGAGUAAGUGAGGGUGAAAGACAGAGCCGAGGAUUUAAAGAUCUAGAACUUUCACAAUAGCUCAUAACAUCACGGAUAUUGUGGAUCCUUCGCUUAGGCUAUUUCUCCUUGGUUUCCAGAAGACGACCUACUUGAUCAAAUUGCAGGGAACAUUUGCACCUAAUUUCAUCCGAGAUAUCAUAAGUUAUAAUAAUAAGACAAUGCUGCCCAGCUCUGGGUUGCCAAUGCUGAUACUAGCGCCACUUCUGCUAAUUGGCCCUCUAGUGGUCAUGGGGCAAAAUGACACGGAGCCCAUAGUGCUGGAAGGUAAAUGCCUGGUGGUCUGUGACUCCACACCCUCUUCAGAACCAGCAGGUAACGCGCUGGGGAUGUCCGUGCGUUCAGGUACCGGCCGUGUGGCCUUCUCCGCCACACGGCAAACCAACCAUGAGCCCACAGACAUGAGCAAUCGCACCAUGAUCAUCUAUUUUGACCAGAUCUUGGUGAACGUUGGUGGUCAUUUUGACCAAGAGAGCAGUAUCUUCCUUGCUCCGAGACGAGGGGUUUACAGCUUCAACUUCCAUGUGGUAAAGGCAUACAACAGGCAAACCAUACAGGUGAGUUUGAUGUUGAAUGGGUGGCCGAUGAUCUCAGCCUUUGCUGGAGACCAGGAUGUGACACGAGAAGCAGCCACAAAUGCUGGGCUUGUGAUCAUGGAAAGAGGGGACAAGGCUUAUCUCAAGCUAGAAAAGGGCAAUCUAAUGGGAGGAUGGAAGUACUCUACUUUUUCAGGCUUCCUGGUCUUCCCUUUAUAAAGAUGACCAUGUGAACAGCUGGGAGAUGCGGAGGAGAGAGGGUGACAUGCUCUCUGGGGGUUUAUUUUACGAAAAUGAAAUCCACAGAAAACGAAAUAUAUGUUCUUGCUCACACUCUCUUUUUUUUUUUUUUUUUUACAGAAGAGCAGAGAAAAUGCAGAAAAUUAGAUGUUAAAUGUUAUAAUUAAUUAUUAUAUAUAUUUUGUUAUUUAAAAAUACAAUUAAGUAUUAUAAUUAAAUAUUAUCGAGAACCAGGUUUGAAAAAAAAAAUGUGAUUUGAAAAUCACUAAAAAGUCGCUCUUUUUUGUAAUGUGUAUGGUUAAAUUGAAAAAAAAAAAUGUCAUUAGGGAAAAUAAAAUGAGACUCUCCUAAUAAUAUAUUUGAAAUGAUGUAUUUCAGGGUUUUCUCUUUUUUUAAAAAAACAAAAUUACAUUUCUAAAUUCCCUUUUAAUUAAAAUAUAGCUUAACGAUUUGAUGUGAGGUUUCUGUUUAUCAUAUGUUUGCCUGCUUAUGGAGCUGUGUGUGUGUAUAUUAUAAAGCUUUGUAAAAAUAAAUCUCAUUAAAUGGAAA